GAACAUGCACUUCCCUCACCAUGGCCCACAGCCGACGCCUGCCUCUGCGGGCACCUCCUUUUCCUGGGAGACGCCUGCAGGGCAGGUGCUAUGUGGGGCUGGCAGGAGCCCCGCUCCCACCUCCAGCCUCAGAGGACAUUCCCGUGCAGCCACUGCACAGGGACCCCCAGUGCCAGCGGCUCUGCCGAGGGCCCGGACAGGUCCCGGGUCCCGGUAGGGAUGGCUGCUACCCCGGCUGGGAUAGGGCCGGGGUGCGGGAGAGCCGGCGGGGAACUGUCCCCAGAGCCCGCCCCGGCCGUGCGCUGCCGGGGCUGCCCGGGCCCGAGAGCCGGUCGGGGCUUCCCCGAGGGCGGCCCAACGCCCUUUCCUGGGCGGGAACGGGACAAGGCGUUAUAGGGCGGGCGGGCGGACACGGGGUGCGGCAUCAUGCAGCGGCUCGGGCUGGUGGGGCUGCUCGGCGCGGCGCUGCUCGGGUGCUGGGAGCCUGGUGAUGCUGUCAGAUGCUUUGAUAAGCAGUAUGAAUACAGAGGCAGAUGCUGCAACCGGUGUCAUCCAGGGGAAAAGCUGGUCUCUGAAUGCAGUGACACAGAGGACUCUGUCUGCACCCCCUGUGAGAGUGGCCACUACCAGCAGAGCUGGACCAAGGAGAAGCACUGUGCCCCCCACGAUAUCUGUGAAGACAACACUGGCCUCAUCGUGAAGACACAUGGCAACGCGACACACAACACGGUGUGCCAGUGCCGGGCCGGCACGCACUGCUCCGACACCAGCUGCCAGACCUGCGUGGAGAACCAGCCCUGCCAGCGUGGCUUUGGCUUCGUGGUGGCCAAAGCCAUGGCCCGGAUGACAUCCCCCUGUGAGCCCUGUGCAGAAGGCACCUUCUCCAAUGUCUCUUCCAAAACUGAGCCGUGCCAUCCCUGGACAAGCUGUGAGGAAAAGGGGCUGAUGGUGAAGGUGAAAGGGACCAACACCUCAGAUGUGAUCUGUGAGUCGGGCAGGCGGUCCUCGCUCUCGGUGCUCAUCCCCGUUGCUGCCGUGGCUGUCACAUUCCUCGUGGGCAUCUCCAUCUACUGCUACCUGGUGGUGCACAGGGGUCCCAAGCAACAGAUGCAGAAGCAGGGAAAACCUGGAAGGCCUGAAGAGAACCUGGAGACACAUCAGCCCACUGAGGAGUGGGAGGAUCCCUUCCCUGUGCAGGAGACGUUGCUCCGAGGCCAGCCCGUGGCACAGGAGGACGGCAAGGAGAGCCGCAUCGCCGAGCAGGAAAGGCUGUGAGGGGACCGGGCGCUGCCCCGGCCACCAGCACGCACCGGGGCCAGCGCCAGCGCCAUCUCCUCUGUCCCCGCUCCAGCCUGGGAGGAGUGUGGCACCUGGGCUGGCCACAGGCGCUGUGACACCGCAGCAGAGCACGGCGCGGCCAGAGCCACGGAGGCCCCCCAGCAGCGGCUGUGCUGCGGCAGAGCGGAGCCCCGCUGCCGGCACCGGGACAAGCAGCGGAGCCCGCGGCCGCGGCAGAGCACGGCUGCUGACACCGGGAC